CGAGAGUCACGCUCAUGGACUCUCACGCUGUUCUUGUCGAGGAACCUCCAAAACACGCUGAAGUCUAGAUACUUCAGCGUGUGACCUCCAAAAUACGGAAGGACGCGGUCGAUCGAGGUCAACACACAUGGAGACGAAUCGCAUCAGAUCACGUUUCAAGAGACUGAAGUUACAACACGGUUCCGCACUCGAUCUCGUGGGUGACCCAAUGCUCAUUGAUUUUAAGGACGAAUCGUCCAUAGAUUCUCUUCCAUGGGAUCUCUUCAUGAAUAUUUUAGGAAGACUUCACUGGGUUGACUACCUGCGAUGUAAAUUAGUCUCUGAUUGGUGGAACUGCAUUCUCAAGAAUCCUCUUCUUAGCAGUCCGAACUCGGUGGCAAUUUCCUCUUGCGAGGCAGACGGGCCGUGUUUGGUGGUCACCGACGGGAAUGACAUUUUUGUCAGAAGAGCCUCCAGCACUUGGCGUCUUCCGAUUUCUGGCAUUCAGCAAUGGAAGCAGCUCCCAUUGACAAGUCCGAGCUCACACCCUACUUCCGCCCAAUGGAAGUUGAUCGCCACGACAAAUGGUCUAUUUCUCAUGUCCGCAGGACAGAAUAAGCGCAAGUACCUCUUAUGCAAUCCGGUAACCAGAAGAGUUGAAGAAUUGCCUCGUCCAUCCAAACUGUUAGUGAGUGCUGAACUUCAAAUGUCAGGAACAUACGUCUCCAGGAGUGUGGAAAUGGUGACUCCUAUGGGAACUGGCGGCACGGAAUCCAGAUCUUGGCCGAAGGUGAUUGCUUUCGAGCGUUACUCUGGUGGACGGGGAUCUGAUACCCUCAAUAUGUGGAGGUUUCUAAAAUACGAUGAUGAGUCCAGUGCUUGGCAGGUGGUUUCCAAGCUUUACAACUUUUCCAUCAGAGUUCAGAAAGUCACCACGACCGUCAGACUUGUACCCGCUGAUUUCGCCGUCUACUACCAUGUUCGAGAAGAAACUCAAGAUGUGGAACUGGAAGAGAAGGAGGUCAAGCUCAGAAACUGUGCUACGGUGGGAGGAGAGAUAUUCAUCCUCUUAACUUCCGUUAAAGGACCACGCCGCACGCCAUUUGCGCAAAACACCGAAUCCAUCGAGGAAUGGUUCAGCAGUGUCUUGUUCAAACUCAGGCCAUGCAAUCUCGUUGAAAUCCCGUUAAAUGGUCUGGACAGGUCACCGUAUCUGCAAUUGUUCCAACAUGGGGGAAUCUUAUACAUAGCGAGGGGAAUGGCAGCCAGGGAUUUAAAAGUGGAUAUAUUGAGGCAGAAUUCAGAGGGAACUUUGUGGGAUGAGGUGACUACGAUGCCAGACCGUCUGGUAGAAGAACUGUACAGUCUCAUACAACCGGUAGCACUUUUUCGACUCCAGGUGGAAGGGGACUAUGUAUGUUUCUCCAGUGGAUAUAGCUUUGGUAGCUUUGGUGUGAUUAUCGCAUUCCAUGUACCGACGAAGAUAUGGGCACGGCUCGACGACUUCACUGCUCGGCUCCGUGAGUUUUAUUCACACUCUCGUUUUGGGCCUUGGUAUCCACAUGGUCAGGAGUCGGACGAUAGUUUGCAGCAUUUUUUCUGGCAGCCUAGGCUAGAUUCAAACUUUUAACUUCCGUCACAAACACAAGACUGGUGAAUCUAUCGCUCGUAGCUCACAAUGAGACAACGGAAUUAAGUAUUCAUUAUGUAGGCGGAUGUCAUUCUUAAAAAUGCA